GUUGUCUGCAUUGCAUUGCUUCGCUUUGCAUCUCGCAUCGUUUUUUUUUUUUUUGACACGACACUGCAACUGUCCCACUGCCAUCUGCCAAAUCACCGUCGGUGUACCGCAUACAUUGCCUACACCGAGAUCACUUCGCCGUCUUGGCCAAGGACCGACUCGCUUUCGGAUCAUUCGAAAUAAACAUCGCAAUCUCCAGUAAACGAGCUGCCAACCUGGUUCGAGGCUCCCGCUAGACCACUUGCUCAUAUCUAUCCCUACCUUGACCCAUCUUCGCAGCUUCGGCUGUGCACCGGUAACCCGAUCACCUCACCGUAAGGAUACACACGCAUUCACCGGUAUUGUCGCAUCGACGUCAGUAGCCAUGGACGGGUCCGACAAGCAGUGGGCUAAAGCAUAUUUGCUCGAUCCUCUCACUGCCCCCGAACCAAGCCAAGAAACAGGCCCCGGAAGCUCAUUCAUAAACCCCGAUCCAUUGCUUCGAACUUUCUCGCAGAAGAAGAAAGGCAAGGAACCAGUUCAGAACAGCGACAAGAGUCAGACUAGUCACAGAGCUCACAGCCGCACUUCAUCAUAUCCUACUCCACCUGCAUCCGCCAGCCCAACCCGGUCCAGCUUUCACUCAUCCAAUCCAUUCUCGCCGACUUAUAAGCGCGCUUCAUUGUCCUUGUCUGGAGGACCUGCAUCUCCAGCAUCGCCCUCUUCGCCAAACCAUCCCCUAGGCCGUAGUACCAGUGUUCGAAGCAACGGACUCCGGAGCCCGUCUUCGCCAAGCAAUCGUUUCCCACCAAGCACGAGUGUCACUCGAAGCAUCAGCACACGUACUCGCUCCAUUGUCGAGGAGAACGCAGGCCAACCCAUUUCUUCAGUUCAGCGCAGCAAAAGCGUGAACUCACACCAAGGCUCAAGCGGUCUCAGACGCUCCAGUUCCAUCAAACAGAGGUUUCCAGGCGAUAUGUCUCACCGACCUCUAGAUAUGAUCAAGCGCGAGCAGCGCGCGGCAGACCGCGCGCCUCACUUGAGGACGCGCAAAUAUGGCCCGGUAACGGACACCAUUGACUCGCUCGAUAGUAUCGGCGGCGUCUACCAUCAUGGCGGCCCCUAUGAUGCCACCUUAGCGUCUCGCAACCGCAACAAGAGAUACGCGCCUGUUGAGGCUGUCAAAGAGUCCAACAUGGAAGCCCUGAAGGCUACGCCUCGCGAAUACAUUCAAGAUUCCCUGGAAAAGCAUGUGCCGUUGCAAGGUACCGGCCUCAUUCCCGCCGGAGGCACUGACAUGAGCGGCAAUGUUAUGAACUAUGAGGAAGGAGCCGAUCUCAUGCGUGAGCCUAAUAACCAAGGUGGUGCGUACAAGAGAUGGGAUGGAAUUCAAUACCACCCUGAUGAUCUGAAGGGAAAGGGAGAGCCUUCUUACACCUACGAGAGAGAUCUUAAGGAGAAGAAGCGUAUGCGCAAGGCGUCUCUCGGCAACAGCCCCGCAGAAUACGAGAUGCGCUCCGGCGUCAACGCCCAGUCACGUAAGGACAACGGGGCAAUGGUACGUCAGCGCAGUGUCAGCAAUGCUGCAGACGGAAGACCCGGCCCCUCCGAACUGCCCAAGGGACAAUCCAACAGCGCCGAUGUUCAUCGUCACAAUUUCGGCGACAGCCUAAAGCGUCGUUUCGGGAGUAUUCGUCGCAAGAAUCACCCUGCAGCGUAGAUGAAUAUUGCGACCGACGUUCGAUUGUUUCCCACGUAUUCCGACGGCGUUAAGACUCAAUAUUUCAAAAACGCCGACUUUAAACUGGCACCAGCAUUUUAAUAAGUGUCGAGUAUUUCGGCAUGUGUACGAUUAAGAGGUUUCGUACCUAAAAGAAUAUGCCUUGUGGCGGGAAAAUUGUUAGAGUGUGGACAGGGUGCGCAGCAUGCAUUUGACUGUCGACGAGUAAAGACAUUGAUGAUGGAGACGAGUUGGCAUUGACAUUCUGCCAAAGAACAAGAGCCUACAAACGAUAUACCGCAUCAUAAAGAAGGGCGGUAAUUUUCUUAGUUUUAGUCAACAGUAUACCCAUUAGUAUGAUACCUUUCUACACCCUUUAUACCAAGCAUG